UCACUAACUUCAGACUUCUCCGCGCCACGUUGUGCGAGAUGCCCUUUCGUUCGGCGCGGUGAGUGUGGAGUCCGAGUUCAGCAUUCACGAGUCAAUCAACGUUAAACCGAAGGCGCCGUUAUGGCGAAAUUCGAUUUAACGUCUCGCAUAGGUCAAUACCUGGACCGCCACUUGGUGUUCCCUCUGCUGGAAUUCCUGUCGGCGAAGCAGAUUUACGAUGAGGACGAGCUGCUGCACGCGAAACUCGAUAUCCUCAGCAAGACGAACAUGAUCGAUUACACCAUCGACAUCAGGAAGCAGCUUUAUCCCAACGUGGAGGUGCCGGAGGAGAUAAAAUCCAGACGUGCUGACGUGCUGCAAGAGCUCGGUGUACUUCAGAAUAAUGUCUCGGUAGUGCUGGCGCUCAUGAAUAACGAGGAAGUUAUGAAGAAGAUGGAGAACAUGCGCGACUCCAAAGCGCUUAAUAAUUAUCUCACUCAAGAAUCAGAUUUUAGGGUAGAAAUGAUGGACAGCUUUGUGAAGCUGGCAAAGUAUCGUUACGAGUGUGGCAAUUAUUCUGUUUCUACGUCAUAUUUAUACUUCUACAUGCUGAUUAUGCCCCCUACCGAUAAGAACUAUUUAAAUGUCUUAUGGGGAAAAUUGGCAUCAGAGAUUCUUGUACAAAAUUGGGAAACGGCAUUGGAGGAUGUGAACAAGUUGCGAGAGUACAUUGACAGUAAUGUUAUCGGCAAUUCACUUCAAGUAUUACAGCAACGCACAUGGCUGAUUCACUGGAGUCUAUUUGUGUUCUUUAAUCAUGUGAAGGGACGAGAUCUCAUUAUCGAAAUGUUUCUCUAUCGGCCGCAUUAUUUAAAUGCUAUUCAAACGAUGUGCCCGCAUAUACUUCGUUACUUGGCUGCGGCAGUUAUCGUCAAUCGCUCCAGACGAUCUAUUCUGAAGGAUCUCGUGAAAGUGAUACAACAGGAAUCUUACACCUAUCGGGAUCCCAUCACGGAGUUUCUGGAGCAUUUGUAUGUUAAUUUUGAUUUCGAUGGAGCUCGGCAGAAGUUGCAGGAGUGCCAGACGGUUGUCUUCAACGACUUCUUCCUAAUCGCUCUUCUGAAUGAAUUCGUAGAAAAUGCACGACUGAUGAUUUUCGAAACAUUCUGCAGAAUUCAUCAAUGCAUUAGUAUUCAAAUGCUUGCGGAGAAAUUAAAUAUGAAGGCGGAUGUUGCGGAGUGCUGGAUUGUGAACUUAAUCCGUAAUGCACGUUUGGACGCUAAGAUCGACAGCAAGUUGGGACAUGUAGUCAUGGGAGGACAGCCGGCGUCCCCGUAUCAACAAUUGGUUGAGAAGAUUGAGACUCUGAGUGUACGAAGCGAGGCACUAGAGAAUCUAAUUGAGAGAAAACUAAAAGCGAAGAAUCAAGACCCAGUAAGUAUAGUGUGGAACUAACAGAGUAUCAUUCGUGGAACUUGGAUUUGUGACAACUCGAUGCAACGUGGAGAAACAAUGCCCAAAAAAGAUAUUCCGAUUGUUAACAGUAAUCAGAUUUUGACGUAAUGUACCUUCCAAAUAUAAAGAAAUAAUGCAUUGUGACAUAAUGAAACCAGAUGUAUUUUUAUUCGAUAAUAAUGGCAGUAUCUUGGAGUUGUCAAACGAUAAUAAAUAUUGAGCGACUAAUAACAUUUUAUAAGAGAAAA